AGACAAGUCGCGCAUGCAUGGAACAAAAGUAACUUCAGUCACCAUGACGCCCUUCUAGGAGAACUUUUCUACGCGGCAUCGACAGCUUCCCGUCCAGGAUUUUCUCUUUACCGAGCAGUUUUCACUUUUACUACUUUCCCGCCGCCCUCCGGUGUGAUGCCCGCCGGGAUGUUCAGCAUAGACAGCAUCCUGUCCGGCCGGCCGAGCUGUAAGGAGCCGCUGCUGCUGCACCGGAGCGGCCCGGUGGUGCUGUCCGGCCUCACUGACUCCAUCUACACUGACUACAACGGACUGUACUCGGCCACAUGCGGGCCGUCUCCCCCCGGAGUUCAGACUGUGAACGGGACCAGGAUAGGAUAUAACGGCUACUACUACGGACAGCUUCAUGUGCAGGGGGCCGGAGGGGGCCCGCCGUGCUGCGGUUCUGUGCCCGGAAUCAGCCCGCAGCAGUGUCCCUGCAUACCACCAGGCUACGACAGCCCAGGCUCGGUGCUGAUCUCGCCAGUGCCGCACCAGAUGAUGUCCUAUAUGAACAUGGGAAGCCUCUCGCGCACCGAGCUGCAGCUCCUCAACCAGCUGCACUGCCGCCGGAAGCGGAGGCACCGCACCAUCUUCACCGACGAGCAGUUGGAGGCUCUGGAAGGCCUCUUCCAGGAGACCAAGUACCCGGACGUCGGCACCCGGGAGCAGCUGGCCCGCAAGGUCCACCUCCGGGAGGAGAAGGUGGAGGUUUGGUUCAAAAACCGGCGCGCGAAGUGGAGGAGGCAGAAAAGGUCUUCAUCAGAGGAGUCAGAGAACUCUCAGAAAUGGAACAAAUCCACCAAAACCUCCGCGGAGAAAACGGAGGAGAAAAGCGAGGUGGACUCUGACAGCUGAUAGUUAUAGAAAAUACAAAGUGUGUGUACAGAAAUGGAGAGGGGACGGCAUGCCGCGGGUGUUAUGUUGCAAUGUUGCACAGCUGUAAAUAUCUACGUUUUAUUAUUGAUCCUGUGUCCGCUAUUUAUAUUUAAUUUAAGUUUUGUA